CAGUCAUUCGUCGACUACGGUGGUGAGCGGUUCGAGUUUUUCUGGCCCUAGUAGGUGGGAGGCUUUCUACGCGCGGCUGCUCUACAAAGGAAUCCCGAAUUUCCCUUCUGUAAGCGACUUGGUCUCUCUCAUCCCUGGAGUUAUUGUGUGAGGCUGUGCUAACUGCAAAAAGCAUAGGGAAUUAUCACACAUACGCAUACCCUAUAGGAAAAUUAUUGGGAGUGCAACAAAAGUGGGCGAGGAACCAGUGAAGGGUGGAUACUUGCAAAAGGUUUAUGAAGUUAAUAAUCAAUCGAAUAUCAGACAUUUUUCGGGAUCACCAGUUGUAGAAUUUCGACGUAGACAGUUUUCUAAACAGUGAAAAGUGAACCUGUGGAAAGCAAUCAAAUCAAGCAGAGUUGUAUGGUGCUGAAUAAAGAUAUAUGUGACAAUUGUGACACAUUUUUUAUCUGAAAUUGACGAUCAGUAUUCAUAAGAGGACAUUUUGAUUUGUGGAGAUUGUUGAAAUCGAACAAGUGCGAAAGCUACGCUGACACAAUAGAGAAAAACUAGAGUUAUCGAUAAAAAAAAAACAAUUAGGAAAAAUCGUUUCCUUUGUGUUGGUGCAACUCCUAUCGUUGAGGUGACAAAAAGUGUUUAUUGAAAGAAGCAAAACGGUAUACGAUAGAUACCAGCCACAUCUACAGACAAUAUGUUGAUUAAAUUAGUAAAAAAGGAUUUUCCGUGCUUAAAGAAUGGAUUUAUAUAACAUUAUCUUCGUUUGAUAGAAAUUUUCCGAAUUUACUUCAGUAAGGUAAGACGAAUUUCAAUUACGACAAGACCAGUUAAGACGAAACGCAAUACCACCCUCAAUGCCUUCCCGUACAUACGACUUGUGGUAGCAGCAAUACAACGUUUGAUGGUGACGCUGGAUCGAGGUCUGUUGCGAAAUCUCGGUUGGGUUGAUUCAUUGAGCAAAGACCGUUGUUAGGAGAUGGUAUGGCCUCCGGGGCUACAGCACAGGCUAGCAGAGAAAAUGCACAGCGGUAGUUACAUCUCAGCAAAACACCCGGCCAUCCCGGUGUCGAUCGGCAUUGCGUCGAUCGUACUCGAGGGCCGACCAGCGAUCCUUGAUGAGAGCUCAGCACGUUCGGGCGAUAGCUCAACGGCUGGAGGGACGGGAGGCGGAGGUGGAGGAGGAUCUUCGGACGAAGAUGGUGGGUUUCGGUCGGUAGACAACUACAACGUAGCGGAAACACUCCAGUCGGAGGCUGAAUUGCUUGUCAACGAGCGACCCCAAUCGUGCAUGUCAGAUACGGCUCAGAGGAUCAAUCUGAAACUGCAGCAAAUUCGUGCCUGUCCCGGUUCGAGCAAGGAUGUUGAAAAUAUGGUAACCGUUGAGGUGGCCAGUUCAUCCGGAAUGGGUCGCCGUAGCGAUGACAGGGAUAGAUACUCUGGAUAUGGAGUCGAGACGUUCAUGAGGGAUUCGCACCCUAGUGAGACAACGUCGUUGCUGACCAGCGCUAAGGCUUGGGGUCGCGACCAUAUCUACAGUGGUUUCGAAAAAAUGAAGCUCUUGGGGGCCGUUUCGCCGAUCAAGGUACCGCCAGCAGCCGCGUCGUCGUUUAUCAAUUUUUCUUCCAAUGUUAACAGGAAGAAAUCAGACGCUGGUAUGGGAAGCUCGUUUACGGCACCGGGUUGUAACAAGCAGCGUGCCCGUGAAGGACCCCAUUGUGAACAGUUCCUAAAGAAAAUCGGCGUGAUAAAAGCGGAUCCCAACGAUGAAACGGAACAUAGUUGCAGUUAUAGGAACGAAUUCUGUCUACGUUGGCAGGCCUAUUUCAAACAACUGUCGUCAAUUCUUACUUGUGGAGAAGCAAUUUGCAUAGAAGUAUAUCUUGGACCGGAAAAUCACGCCAUUCUUUUAGAGCAAUGGAUUUUGAAACUAAAACUUAAAACAUCUGAAUCAACGAUGACACUACAAUCGCUAUGUGCUGCCAUCCGUAGUCAAUUAUACUUUUCGCAAAUAUCUGCCUGGACUGAUCUGAUUAAAAAUUCACUUGAGCCAGAAAUUUUCAACAAUCCACGCAUCAAAAAAGUAUCGACCAAUGAGCUUGGAGCAUCCAUGGGAGCCCCGAUUGCCAUCGGCGUUAGUGGUGAUGGCCACAAUGGAGGGGGAACUCCAUUGGCGUUGCCAAAGGCGAAGCUUGACAUUCUAUUUCGCAUCCGAGGUAACGACAACACCGCUUGCUUCAACGAUAACCCAAACGUGCACAACUUUCCGGACGCCAUCAUUGCUGACAACUACGUAAUAGAAGUGUGCUUAAAGAGUUUACCGCGCCUCGAACGGAUACCAAGUAUCAACGAUGAAAUGGAUGCCAAAAUGGAUGAUAUUCUGGUUAACGAUCGCAUGGAUUUGCCGUGCCAUGAAAAAGGGAAACAUCGAUGUGCUUUUCGAGAUGAAGAAGAAGAAGAUCCUCAAACCGGGGAGGACGAUUUGUCACUUGCUGCGGUUAGUCAUCGGGAAAAACAGUUGAUGAAGUACAAAAAACGUAUGAUGAAGCGAGAGAAGAAAAAGAAAUCUACAGCGCCGGAAAUUGCGAUAUCAAAGAGCAGUAACAGUCGUAAUGAAAUGGUAAAUAUGAUGGUUCCCCCACCUGUAUGCAAAUCACCGGCACUGAAUAUUCCAACUGUGAAUCAUGCCAGCAACUGUAGUAGCGCCUCGCCGUAUACUUCUUCAAUCAAUCUAAUCCAACCACCACUGUACUCGAAUUGCGAUGAUCUGUACCAACCAACCUCGUGUGCCAGCAACACGAAAGCAACUCAGACUGCCAUCUUCCUCAGCAGCAUGUCACAUAGUGGCAAAGUUGCAACAGUGGCCACCCAGACAGAUGCUAGUGGGUGUUGCUGUCUUUGUGCAGAGCAACAGCAACCGGAGUCGGCACCUGGUCAUGGAUCUACAAGCACAAACAGUGAUAGCAAAAUGCAAUAUAGUAAUAGUAAUUAUAAUCGUCGUGAUUACACUAGUGAUGACUGUGAUACAAGCCUACAGAUGGUAGCUGCCGUGGUCCACGAUGAGCAUUCGAAGCGCCAUCAUCUAGAAGAAGAAGAACCCCGAGGCCUUCGGAAAGCCGAGUUGCUCCUGCAGGCCAUCCAAAGGACGGCCAUCAUCAACGACUACCAGCGACCAUAUGUGGCACAUUUCAAAAACAAUAAUUACUAUAGUGGCAGUUACAAUGAUAACAAUAAUACUGGUAGUGAUACAGCAAAGUGUGAGCGAAGAGAAUGUGAUACUUUUACUUUCAAUAAGGAUGCCCUAGAUUUAGGAGACUGUCGUUUGUGCAAACGACAAAAAACGAAACAUAAUUUUAGGUUAGCCCUCAGUAAGUCGGAUAGUAGCAGCUGUAGCAGUAAUAGCAGCAGUACCAACAAUAGCCCUCCAGGUUGUCGUCGAACGCUAUCGGAAAGCUUGGUCGGCCAUUUCACCAUACCAUCCUCAUCGUCGGGUGGUGACGAUGAAACCGAUUUGGCUUCCUACCAUGCCAACGAAUUCAAUGAGCACCGCAACGGUGAGGACGAUCUCAGUGCCGCCCUCAGCAGUUCAGCUGGGGCGGUCGUCGAUAGUUUCGAGCAGCUAAAGAAAGGCUACCGUCGCGCUUUUUCGGAAGAUGUCAUCGAUACGAUCAAUCUGAAUAGUGCACUCGGAAUUAAUGGCCGAUCCUCCGGUGUCGCUAUUUCGGAUAACGGCAACGGUGAUGAUUGCGAGGAGGAAACGAAUGAUGUCACCUUUUCGAAAUGCGAAUGCCCGAUCAUGUUUGCUCAACCUUCCCCGGUUGACGUUAAGGGACGCCAUCGUUCGGUCUUUGCUACCCCGACUAUCGCAGGGAUACAGACAUCUACGCCAGCCAGCAGUACAAGCAAACUUCCUCUCUACGUGAGCUGCACGGAAAGCGACUACUCCGUGAGCACAGCUAGCAGCAUAUCACCCCACAAGAAACAGAUACUCAGCUGUACUGCAGUGGCCAGCAGUUCUCGCGCGGGCAAUAAAAUGUCGUCGUCUUCCUCGAAUUUCACCAUCCCCAAAAUCAACCUUACAAAUGUUUUCAACGUGUCACCACUUGCACGAGAAGAUUCGGGCUUUAUCAGCAGUUCCAGUCCGAUCCCUAUCGAUGGCAGUAUGUUCAACUUUCCGGAUCCAAUUAGCAGAUUGAACGUACAUAAAUCGAAUUCUGCUCCGACAUGUCAACUGUCACCAGGGUCACUAUCGCCAAGAUUUCUUCGUCAUGCUUACAAGAAUCAACGGACACGAUACCUUUCUGAACGCAGCUCUGUUUCGGAGCGCUCAUCCAUUGGUUCCGAUGAGCAGUUUUCCGACGAAGAAUAUCCCUACUUGAUGGAUUUUACGAACAACUCUUGCAACGGUCUCAAUUUUCAAAUCAGCCCCAACAAGCUCCCGGGCUCACCGCUGAAACUAAACCUUGCUCAACGACCGUUCAGCAAAUCUUUCAGCAAAAACCUCUUCAAAUUUGGCCGACUACCGCUGUUAGGCACUCUAGAAGAGUCGUUACUACAACGUCGAAUCACUCCAAAGUUCCAGGUGGCCGAAUUUAAGGUUCUACUUGGCGCUUCUGGUAGCUUCUGUCCGACGCAGCUAACAAUACCGGCAGCUUCGUAUUUCUACGAACUACCUGGGCAGCACCUAACCACACCUUAUGUGUGUGAACUACGUCUUCCAAGGAAAGGUUACUCUAUCCCACGGCAGGGAACGGUACAGGUUACAUUGCUCAAUCCACUAGGCACCGUAGUGCGUAUGUUUGUAGUUCCGUAUGACUUCCGCGAUAUGCCAGCAGUGUCCACGACGUUCAUCCGCCAGCGGAUACUGGCAUACGAGGAUACCAACAAGGGUACGGCAACACCGGACACGUUGGGCAGUGCUAGCGGCGUCGAACAACUCAGCAAUGCUGAACAGAUGAAGCUGCUACGAUAUGCAAUCCACUUGAGAUUCCAAACGUCUCGCUCAGGAAAGCUCUCGCUGCACACCGACAUCCGGUUGUUGAUCUCCCGUCGCACAGACUGUGAUACGGCCGCGGCCCACGCCAAGAACCUACUGGAGGCUCCCAACGAGCUCAAAGUGGUCACCAUCGUACCGGAGAAUCCCAAAUUUAGCCUACGGGUCGACAAGCAGUAGUUUCGCCGUGAUAGUGGAUGGUAGGGAACCGAUUCUCAUUCAAAUCGCACCCACGUUCUGGUCAAGUCAGUAGCCACGAUAUAGUUCUAUUUUAAACCGUUGCGUCCGUGUUGUUCCUCCGGGAUGUUUCUUUUUUUAGAUUCUAACUGUUCGUUUAUUUUUAUAAUUGAAAAUGAUCAUGUUUUCAAAUUUUUAAUUCGUUCCCGAUAUGGCAUUGUGAUUGUGAUCGCUACUUUUUAAUUUUCGGAGAGAAGGGGUUCUCGUUGCUAGUCAGGGUGUACUAUAAAAUGUGGAAUGUGAUUUUGGGAUCUGGCAACGAGGUAUCUGCUCGCAUGUAAAUUUAUUUUUAUCGAUCUGAUCUAUAUAAAAAUACAUUUGUUGUGAAUUCUUUUGUUGGUAAAAAUAUAUAUACAUACAUUUGAAGUAAA